GGUGGCGGCCGGGUGGGAGGUGUGUGCGCGUGUGCCGCGCCGUAGGGAGCGGCGGGUCGCGCCGCCGGCUGUCAGCUAGCUCCGUGCCGCCGCCCGAUGGCGCGAGGAGGCGCGCGGGCCCAGCCCCGGGAGGCCGGCCGCGGGUGAGCCCCCCGGCCUGCCGCCCGCGAGCAUGUCACCUCCAGCCGCCGCCGCAGCCGCCGCCAGCCGCGCCCCCGCCUCCCGCAGCCGCAGCCGCUGCCUCGGGCAUUGGCCCCCAGACCCCCGCCUCUGAUCCACGCCCAGACCCUAACGCCAGAGGGCCAUGGCCGGCCAGGGGGACUGCUGCGUCAAGGUGGCCGUCAGGAUCCGGCCCCAGCUGUCAAAGGAGAAGAUUGAGGGCUGCCACAUCUGUACCUCCGUUACCCCAGGAGAGCCCCAGGUCCUGCUGGGGAAGGACAAGGCCUUCACCUAUGACUUUGUCUUCGACCUGGACACCUGGCAAGAACAGAUCUAUUCCACCUGUGUGAGCAAGCUCAUCGAGGGCUGCUUUGAGGGCUAUAAUGCCACGGUACUGGCCUAUGGGCAGACGGGGGCCGGGAAGACGUACACCAUGGGUACUGGCUUCGACAUGGCAACGACGGAGGAGGAGCAGGGCAUCAUCCCGAGGGCCAUCGCACACCUCUUUGGGGGCAUUGCCGAGCGCAAGCGUCGGGCGCAGGAGCAGGGUGUGGCUGGACCUGAGUUCAAAGUCAGCGCCCAGUUUCUGGAGCUCUACAAUGAGGAGAUCCUUGACCUGUUUGACAGCACCCGUGACCCUGACGCCCGCCACCGCAGGUCCAACAUCAAGAUCCACGAGGACGCGAACGGUGGCAUCUACACCACCGGCGUCACUUCUCGCCUCAUCCACUCCCAGGAGGAGCUGAUCCAGUGCCUGAAGCAGGGGGCCCUGUCGCGCACCACAGCUAGCACCCAGAUGAACGUACAGAGCUCGCGCUCCCACGCCAUCUUCACCAUCCACCUGUGCCAGAUGCGCGUGUGCACCCAGCCCGACCUGGCGAAUGAGGUGGUGACCGGGCUUCCUGAUGGUACCCCUCCCUCCAGUGAGUAUGAGACACUCACCGCUAAGUUUCACUUUGUGGACCUGGCCGGCUCAGAGCGGCUGAAGAGGACAGGGGCCACCGGCGAGCGGGCCAAGGAGGGCAUCUCCAUCAACUGUGGCCUGCUGGCCUUGGGCAAUGUGAUCAGCGCCUUAGGGGACCAGAGCAAGAAGGUGGUGCACGUUCCCUACAGGGACUCCAAGCUCACUCGGCUCCUCCAGGACUCGCUGGGGGGCAACAGCCAGACCAUCAUGAUCGCCUGUGUGAGCCCCUCAGACCGAGACUUCAUGGAGACCCUCAACACACUCAAAUAUGCCAAUCGGGCCCGCAACAUCAAGAACAAGGUGGUAGUGAACCAGGACAAGACCAGCCAGCAGAUCAGUGCACUGCGGGCUGAGAUUGCCCGGCUGCAGAUGGAGCUGAUGGAGUAUAAGGCGGGCAAGCGAGUGAUCGGGGAGGAUGGUGCCGAGGGCUACAGUGACCUGUUCCGGGAGAAUGCCAUGCUGCAGAAGGAGAAUGGGGCUCUGCGGCUCCGGGUGAAAGCCAUGCAGGAGGCCAUUGACGCCAUCAACAACCGCGUCACCCAGCUCAUGAGCCAGGAGGCCAACCUGUUGCUGGCCAAGGCCGGCGACGGCAAUGAGGCCAUUGGUGCCCUCAUCCAGAACUACAUCCGGGAGAUCGAGGAGCUGCGGACGAAGCUCCUGGAGAGUGAAGCCAUGAACGAGUCGCUGCGCCGCAGCCUCUCACGGGCCUCCGCUCGGAGCCCGUACUCCCUGGGUGCUUCUCCGGCUGUCCCGACCCUUGGGGGCAGCCCGGCCAGCUCCAUGGAGGAUGCCUCGGAGGUGAUCCGCAGGGCCAAGCAGGACCUGGAGAGGCUAAAGAAGAAGGAGGUCAGGCAGCGGAGGAAGAGCCCUGAGAAGGAAGCCUUCAAGAAGAGGGCAAAACUCCAUCAGGACAACAGUGAGGAGACGGAUGAGAAUGAGGCAGAGGAGGAGGAGGAAGAGCGAGACGAGAGUGGCUGUGAGGAGGAGGAAGGGCGCGAGGAUGAAGAUGAGGACUCGGGCAGUGAAGAGAGCCUGGUGGACUCAGACUCAGACCCCGAGGAGAAGGAGGUGAACUUCCAGGCGGACCUGGCCGACCUGACGUGCGAAAUCGAGAUCAAGCAGAAGCUCAUCGACGAGCUGGAGAACAGCCAGCGGCGGCUACAGACGCUCAAGCACCAGUACGAGGAAAAGCUGAUUCUGCUGCAGAACAAGAUCCGGGAUACGCAGCUGGAGCGAGACCGCGUGCUGCAGAACCUCAGCACCAUGGAGUGCUACACGGAGGAGAAGGCCAACAAGAUCAAGGCAGACUAUGAGAAGAGGCUGCGGGAGAUGAACCGGGACCUGCAGAAGCUGCAGGCUGCCCAGAAGGAGCACGCCCGGCUGCUCAAGAACCAGUCACGCUACGAGCGGGAGCUGAAGAAGCUGCAGGCCGAGGUGGCUGAGAUGAAGAAGGCCAAGGUGGCCCUGAUGAAGCAGAUGCGUGAGGAGCAGCAGCGGCGGCGGCUAGUGGAGACCAAGAGGAACCGGGAGAUCGCACAGCUCAAGAAGGAGCAGCGGCGACAGGAGUUUCAGAUUCGAGCUCUGGAGUCCCAGAAGCGGCAGCAGGAGAUGGUCCUAAGGAGGAAGACCCAGGAGGUUUCUGCACUGAGGCGCCUGGCCAAGCCCAUGUCUGAGCGGGUAGCAGGGCGUGCAGGACUGAAGCCACCCAUGUUGGACUCUGGGGCCGAGGUGUCGGCCAGCACCACCUCAUCUGAGGCUGAAUCAGGGGCCCGCUCUGUCUCCAGCAUCGUGCGCCAGUGGAACCGCAAAAUCAACCACUUCUUGGGGGACCACCCUGCACCUAGUGUCAAUGGCACCCGUCCUGCCCGAAAGAAGUUCCAGAAGAAGGGGGCCAGCCAGAGCUUCAGUAAGGCGGCGAGGCUCAAGUGGCAGUCCCUAGAGCGGCGGAUCAUUGACAUCGUCAUGCAGAGAAUGACCAUUGUCAACCUGGAGGCUGACAUGGAGCGGCUCAUCAAGAAAAGGGAGGAGCUGUUCCUCCUGCAGGAGGCCCUGCGGAGGAAGCGGGAGCGGCUGCAGGCUGAGAGCCCCGAGGAGGAGAAGGGGCUGCAGGAGCUGGCCGAGGAGAUCGAGGUGCUGGCAGCCAACAUCGACUACAUCAACGACAGCAUCACUGACUGCCAGGCCACCAUCGUGCAGCUGGAGGAGACCAAGGAGGAGCUGGACUCCACAGACACAUCCGUGGUCAUCAGCUCCUGCUCCCUGGCCGAAGCCCGCCUCCUGCUAGACAACUUCCUCAAGGCAUCCAUUGACAAGGGGCUGCAGGUGGCACAAAAGGAAGCCCAGAUCCGGCUGCUGGAGGGCCGACUGAGGCAGACAGACAUGGCGGGGUCCUCCCAGAACCAUCUGCUCCUGGACGCCCUGCGUGAGAAGGCCGAGGCGCACCCCGAGCUGCAGGCCCUCAUCUACAACGUGCAGCAGGAAAACGGCUAUGCCAGCACAGAUGAGGAGAUCUCAGAGUUCUCUGAGGGGAGCUUUUCCCAGUCGUUCACCAUGAAAGGCUCUACCAGCCAUGAUGAUUUCAAGUUUAAGAGCGAGCCCAAGCUGUCUGCCCAAAUGAAAGCUGUGUCGGCCGAGUGCCUGGGGCCCCCACUGGAUAUCUCCACCAAGAACAUCACCAAGUCCCUGGCCUCCCUUGUGGAGAUCAAAGAGGAUGGCGUGGGCUUCUCCGUCCGAGACCCCUAUUACCGGGACAAGGUCUCUCGCACUGUCAGCCUGCCUACCCGGGGCAGCACUUUCCCCAGGCAGUCUCGAGGCACAGAGACAUCCCCGCUGACGAGAAGGAAGUCCUACGACCGAGGGCAGCCCAUUAGGUCCACAGAUGUGGGAUUCACACCCCCGUCGUCCCCUCCCACUCGGCCCCGCAAUGACCGCAAUGUCUUCUCUCGUCUCACCAGUAAUCAGAGCCAGGGGUCAGCGCUGGACAAGUCUGAUGACAGCGACUCCUCUUUGUCGGAGGUCCUGAGGGGCAUCAUCUCCCCGGUUGGAGGAGCCAAGGGUGCACGGACGGCCCCGCUGCAGUGUGUCUCCAUGGCUGAAGGCCACACCAAGCCCAUCCUCUGCCUGGAUGCUACAGAUGAGUUGCUGUUCACAGGGUCCAAAGACCGAAGCUGCAAGAUGUGGAACUUGGUUACGGGGCAGGAGAUCGCGGCUCUAAAGGGCCACCCCAACAACGUGGUCUCCAUCAAGUACUGCAGCCACUCAGGGCUUGUGUUCUCCGUGUCCACCUCCUACAUCAAGGUGUGGGACAUCCGGGACUCGGCCAAGUGCAUUCGCACCCUCACGUCUUCGGGCCAGGUGACCUCAGGGGACGCCUGUGCCUCCACAUCCACCCGUGCCAUCACCAGUGCCCAGGGGGAGCAUCAGAUCAACCAGAUCGCCCUCAGCCCUUCAGGCACCAUGCUGUACGCCGCCUCGGGCAACGCCGUUCGCAUCUGGGAGCUUAGCAGGUUCCAGCCUGUUGGCAAGCUGACUGGCCACAUCGGUCCUGUGAUGUGCCUGACAGUCACCCAGACGGCCAGCCAGCACGACCUCGUGGUUACUGGCUCCAAGGACCACUACGUUAAGCUGUUCGAGCUGGGCGAGUGUGCGACGGGCACCAUCGGCCCCACUCACAACUUUGAGCCCCCGCACUACGACGGCAUCGAGUGUCUGGCCAUCCAGGGAGACGUCCUGUUCAGCGGCUCCCGGGAUAACGGCAUCAAGAAGUGGGACCUGGAGCAGCAGGAGCUCAUCCAGCAAAUCCCCAACGCGCACAAGGACUGGGUGUGCGCCCUGGCCUUCGUCCCAGGCCGCCCCAUGCUGCUGAGCGCCUGCCGUGCAGGCGUCAUCAAGGUCUGGAACGUGGACAACUUCACGCCCAUCGGUGAGAUCAAGGGCCACGACAGCCCCAUCAAUGCCAUCUGCACCAAUGCCAAGCACAUCUUCACAGCCUCCAGUGACUGCCGGGUAAAGUUGUGGAAUUACGUCCCUGGACUCACCCCCUGCCUUCCUCGCCGAGUCCUGGCCAUAAAGGGCCGCGCCACCACCAUGCCCUGACCCUCCCCAUCUCUCCCCGUCUCCUCUCUCACUCUUCCCCUCUUUCCUUUUCCCUCUCUUUCCCCACUUCGAUCUGAGCUGCUUCUUAACGGUAUGAGAUUAUUUUACUCCUCCUUCUUCCUCUCCCUUCCUGUCCUGCCUGGCCCAGAGAGGUGCCCCACCCAUCCCUCCUGCUCCCACCAUCCUCCCCCGAGCAUGAACAGUGGGACAGGCCCCAGGAGAUGGGUGCCAGGGAGCAGGGAGCAGAGCAGGGAGCCUUCAGGCCUGGACAAAACAAAACACCAAAAAAAAAAAAAAAAGAAAACCCAUGACAAGGCUCCCCUGGGGGCCUCUGAGUGCACUGGCCUCUCCAUCUGCCCAGCGCCCCACCACCUGCAGCCCACCUCCCCAUAAGCGAUGCUUGCCUCCCAGCCCCAGCCACAUUUGGGGAGUUUGGGGAAUCCAGUGCAUCCUCUACUUUUGGGGGCAGACAGCCAAGCCCACUACAAGAGCUGACCCACACCCCCCAACUUUGUCCUCCACCCCAGUGACCUGACGGUGAAGCUCUGGAGUGUCCGGCGGUUACCGCACAGCAUCCCACCCUAGGAGUGAGGUCAGAGGGAUGCCCCUGGACCCUCGACCCCAGCAGCCUGGACAGCAUGGAAGGGAAGCUGUGACCUGGCAGAUGGGGCCGGCUGCCCUGGGGACAGAGGGCGUGGCCCCCACUCCUGCCCUCCUCCCUCUCCCUUGGCCUUCCCACAGGACACUGUUCCCUCCGUCCGUCCCCUGCUUCUCAGGAGCCUCGGGGUGAGAGAGAGGCUGGGGUGGAAAUUAAGCUGUGAAGCCAAAGGGCGUUAUCUCUCCUUGUUCCUCUCCCUGCAGUCCUGGCCACAUUGUCUCCUGCUGAACCGGCUCUGCCCCCUUUCCAGGCCUUUGGCCCAGAGGUGGGGCCCGGUGUGGAGGCGCAGCAGCCGGGCCCCAUCCCGCCCUCCGAGGAGCUGGCCUCCCCGCAUCUCCCAGCCCAGCCUCUAGAGUCACUGCACCUGCCUCUGAGCCCAAAAAGAUAGUCCUCAGGUAGCUAAGGAAGCCAGGUGUGGGCGGCUGGGCCUUGCAGCUAACCCUUAACCUCUGGCCACCCACAGAGAGUCCCAGCUGGCCCAGCAGUUCCCAACAUCCCUUCAGAGGGGGCCAAGGUGGAGCUGCUAGAAAGAUUCCUUUGGGGAGAUGGUCAGAAAUACUUCAGUUAUUUAUUUUUUUUUAUUUUCGUUUUUUGCUGUUGCCUCCUGGAAACUGACUUGAAGUUUCUUCCCACAUAUUCUUUCCCUCAGCUCUUGGGGGCCAGAAAUCCCAAAGGGAGUCCGCUGCCCCGGCCCUCCAGGGCCGCCUCCUCUGCUUUGCGGAGAAGGGAACGGUUCCUUCGACUCUGCAGCCCCCAACACAGCCCCCAGGGAGCCUUCUAGCUUACCCUUGGCCUCUAGGCCGCCUGACGCUCAGUGCCUUCCUCCGUCCUGGGGCCUGGCACCUGUACUGGGCAGCCUUACACCAGCCAUGCCCAUGGCACCACAUGUGUCUUCUCACUCUCAACAUCUCGUGCCCAGCGCCCCCCGGGGAAGGCGGGGACGCUCACCCCAUAGCCCAGGCCUCAGGGUUCUGCCCCAGAAUCCUGCGUGGGCCAUGUAGGAAGCAGCAUGGGGGCUGUGUCUGCUGGGAGGCAGCUCAGAUGGGGAGGAUGGCCCAGCACUCUGGUCCCUGUCCUCCCCGGCCCUCCAUUCCCCCACUGGGCCAGGCACAUGUGCUGGGCACUGCGCUAGGCAGGGGAGGAGGAAGUCUCUCCAGCUUCUCUCUCUCUGGUUAUUCAGGAGACACAUUCUCAGCCUUAAAGAUGGCAUGGAGCGCAGGCCCUCCCUUGCAGAUGAUCGAGGAAGAGGGAGUUGGCAGUUUCUCUGCCCCAGGGCUGGAAACGCUGAGCUCCAGGGAGGUUGCUAAAUCAGUGUUCAGGCACCCCCUGUUGGGGAAACUCUGGAAUUACAGAAGUGGGCCUUGGGAGGGACUAAGCUCCAUCCCUCUCCCCUGCCCCACCCCCACCCAAAGCCACCCACCCUGUUUUUCCGUUGCUUCACUGGUCUUGUGCUUCCUGGCUUCAGUCUGGGAGCCAGGAGCAAGCCCCCACUCCCUUCAGAGGACGCAGUGAUGUUUGAGCUCUCAGGAGGUGGCUCUGUGUUUUCGCCCAUGGCUCCUCUCCGUCUUCGGCCAGGGAACCUGGAGCCCUCUCUAUGUAGUGCCCAGUGUUGGGGGGAGGCAGGCCCAGUGGAAGCUGUGUGAGGCCUGGUCGCUUCCCCGUGCCCUCCUCCGAGCGGCCACGGAGUCGAAGAAGGCUGACCUGCUGGCGCUGGCCCUGCUGGAUGUGGUAUUGAAGUCUGGGGCAGCUAAUGGCAAGAAGGAGACCCCCUCGGAGGCUGGUCUCCCGGGACCUGCACAGUCUGUCUGCAAUGACUGGAAAUCCUUCUUCCUCUGGCCACCCUGGAGGUGCUGGGCGACCCCUUUAGCUCCGAGAUGUGGCCGCAAAUCUCUUCCCAUUCCUCUCCGUCCUUCCCCACCUGAACAGAAAGUUUUGACCUUGCAACCUGUAAGAAAGAAUCCGUCCGCAUGACUGUUUACAAGCUAUAGAAACACAUAAGACUCUGUCCCCCGAGCUCCCGCACGGGCCGGGGACGCCCCCCCGGGGUGACUGCACUGUAGUUGCAAGGCCUGGCCUUGCACCCCGUGUGAUCUUUUGGCCCCGCGAGAGGUGCUCAUCAUCAUUGCCCAUUUUCUGCUGUUUCCCAUGGGUCAGCUACCUCACAGCGGGGCGGACUCUGCUGUCCUGCCAAGUGUCAUUGACUCUCUAAACUUGAAGUCCUUCAGGAGCCCUGAGCCCAACAUCCCUGAGACACCCCGAGUUGUGCUCCAUGAGAGUUGGAGUCUCUGCCCACUCAGGGAUGUCCAAGGUCCAUAGUUAGGGGGCAGGCCCCCAGCUCCACUCACUGCAUAAGCACCCAAGUGUUGGAAGCACAAAAUGGUCGCGACGUGAGCACAACGGCAGGGUCCUGCAGGCACACUCAGGAGGCUCCUCCCAGCCUGGCUCUGUCCAAAGUGAGGUUGGGGACGGCCAUGUCUGGGACAGGGGUCUGUCCUUGCUCAGACCAGGUCUUGGCCCAUGGCUUGUCCUAAUUCUGGGAUUCGUCACCUUACUUCGUGCCCUUCUGUGCCCAUCUUAAGACUUGAGGCUGAGCCCCGUCAGGCCCAGCCACAUCUUUACACCGUGGGAGCAGGAGUAAAGUCCUCUCUAAACCCCGCCCCCCAAAUCUCUGACUGCCUGAGUUCAGGCUGAGCCCUAGCCCUAGUGAGCCUAAAGAGCUUAGACUCAGAUUCCCUGUCUCCUGGGUCAAGCCCCGCUCCGUGCUUGUGAAGCUUCUGAGCGGGUUCCCCGGAUAGAAGGUGUCUUCAUCCUCUCUGCCCUUGGGCCUCUUCAGCACAGUCCUGUGCCAGGGCCCCUUCCUCACCAUCAGCCACAUCAGUAUUUGCUUUCCUGUGAGUGACUAACUCCUCUGAGGCAGCCGGAACUCUCAAAGGCAGCACCUGGAGUUGCCCUGCAAGAUUUCCCAGGAAGGAGGAAAGUCUGGGAGGAGGAGGCUGGCACACCUGAGCCUUUGAGGUGGUCAGCCCCUUAGGAAGGGACAGCUGUGGGUCCGGGAGCGGCCUCACCCUAGACCCAGCCUAGGAAACCCUUCACCCUCAGCUGUCCAGCCCUGCUGCCAGUCUGGGGCUGUGUGGCCUGGGCAGAGGGCAGUUUAAAGCACAAAACUGCAUGGGGGAAAGGCGAGGCCGCUGGGACUUUCUUCUGUGCCUGAUGUGGUGAAGUUAGGGAACCUCACGCCACUUUGCCCUGCCAGCUCUCCGCAUCCCCGAUGUCCGGGCUGGGAGCAGGCAUAGCCCCUGGCUGUUGCUUGUGCCCAGUCUGUUCGCCAUUGUGUGUGUGUGGGCAGAGGCCACCCUGCAGGAGCAGUGCGUUUCUCCUUACAGGCUGUCCCGGACCUGUGGGGUGUGUCGCUUUGCCAUCCCAAACAGGCAGCUGUGCUGCUCUCUUCCCUUGGCAUAGCCUCCUGGUCAGCGGCCGCUGCCCCACAGGCCUUCCUGGGCCUGGCCCUCCUCUCCCGACUCCCAGAUCCUUCCCUGCCCUCAUGUGCGAGGACAGAUUGUGCAGGGAAAGCUCUGUUUCUUUGAUGUCUUUGUUUUGCCCCCUGCCCCAUCCCCAGGACUCAUGAUCUUGAAGCCCCCACCACACCCUAGUUGAGUCCUGUGAACUGUGUCCUGAGGGCCUUGCAGGGAAAUAGGAAGUAGAAACUGCUCCACAAAGAGCCGAGGGUCAGAGAAGACCCCUGAGAUGAAUCGGGGCCCUGCCCUGCCACCAGCUCUUCCAGUAAUCGCGCCCUGCCCAGGCUUCAGGGUUUCAUCCGGCUCCUGCCGUCCCCCAAGAUGUGGCUGGCACAAGGUGUAUAUAUGUUUUGUACCUCUGCCGAUGGCUGUACAUAGUGUAUGAAAUUAUUUAAGCCUCAUGUUGUACAUUUCUGUUCCUAGAUUGGAUGUGAAUGUUCUAAGUUGUCAUAAAUAAAACUUGAAUGACCAAUGUC